AAUCAGAAUCCAGUGUUGUAAGGAAACAGGAAGUGAGUCUUUCCUCUCUCACUAUGCUCCGAAAGGUAGUGAAGCUGCAAAUUAUGUCAUAUCUGUCACAUCUGUAUUCUCUUUAUCUACACCCAAGUCAUCGCAGCAGAAAAAUAAAAAUGUCUCCAUAUCAUGCAACAUUGGAACAG